CUUGGGUUUCACGAUGGAGCGCCCAAGGCCCCUCCUCUGCGCCGGCAUUUCGGCGCUGCGCUUUGGAAGGACUCCAGGCCAGCAGUGAAGGGCUCUUUGAUAAUAUCUGACGGGCGGUCCCACCCGCUGUCCCUGUGCAACACCAGUGAGGAUGAACACACUGAGUCAGGAUUCAUCACCAUCGUCAAGCUGGAACAGCCAGACCGGGAUCCCAACCCCUGCCUGUCCCUGGCUAACAAGGCGAAGCUGGCGGGGGAGCGUGGAGCCCGUGCGAUCCUUUUCGACAUUACUGACGAUGAAAGUGCUGCUGAUCAGCUGAGGAAGCCCAGAGGUCUGAGCCAGCCUGUGGUUCUGAUCAGGGGCCACGACGCCGAGCAGCUCAUGAGCGUCGUGAACAAGAACAGAGAGGCCCAUGUGAAGAUAGAGGUCAAGGAGCCACCAGCCUGGCCAGACUACGACGUGUGGAUCCUCCUCACGGUGGUCAGCACUGUGGUCGUCAUCGUUUUGAUUUUCGUUGUCCGCACAAAGUGCCAACUGAACAGGACUCAGGACUCCGUGCAGCAGCAGACCCUGCAGGCCAUCGGGCAGUUGGCCACGCGCCGGUACCAGCCCCGGUGCCGCCCGGCGUCGCGGUGGGACUCGGCCAGCAGCUGCAGCUCCGCCCCAGUCUGUGCCAUCUGCCUGGAGGAGUUCAGCGAGGGCCAGGAACUGCGGAUCAUCUCGUGCUCCCACGAGUUCCAUCGGGAGUGCGUUGACCCUUGGCUGCAGCAACACCACACGUGUCCCCUUUGCAUGUUCAAUAUUCUUGCCAGAGACUCAACGGACCAGGCCAUGGCCACCAGCUCCAGGCUGGCCCCUCAGGACAUGGAGCCUGGACGGCGACUCCACCUUUUCCGCCAGCACCCAGGACAUGCCCUUUACCACCUCCCACACCCGUAUCCUCAGAGGAACCUCAGGAGCUUUCCCCCGGAGCCAACCCAUGGCAACCCCUUCUUCCACUCCCCAGAGCUCUCCCAGGUGGAUUUUGACACCAUCCACUACAUGCCCUACAGACCGGCCCCCUCCCUGCUCGCCUGCGGCCACACGUCCCCACUGGCCCCGGGCCUGCUGGGCCAGCAGCUCCCUGUGCCCUCGGCGUGUGGGCAGGUGCUGGCACCCCACAGGACGUGUUCCCUGCAGCCCCAGCCCCCCUGCCCCGGGCUCAAGGCAGCCCUGGCACAGAAGCAGCACCGCGCGCCCGCCCUGCGCCGGGGGGUGAGCCACGGGCACCAGCACAACAGCAGCGGCUCCGGGGAGAGUUACCUGACAGAGCACAGCGGGUACCUGGCGGACGGGCCGGGCAGCGACUCCAGCUCGGGGCCCUGCCACGGCUCCUCCAGCGACUCCAUGUUGAACUGCACGGACGUCAGUCUGCAGGGCAUCCACGGCAGCUGCUCCACAUUCCGCAGCUCCCUGAGCAGCGACUACGAUCCCUUCGUGUACUGCAGCUCCGAGGGCCCCGCCGCGGACCACGGCCAGGAGCCGCUGCGGCCGCCCAGGGAGAGGCGGCCCAGGUCCUUGGACCUCAUGGUGCCCGGGGGAGCUGCUCCAGCCAAGCCCCAGGUGCUCAGCCACGUCCACUACCACCACCACCAGCACCACCACUACCGACGGGACACGGAGUGUCCCCCCGGACGCGCCGGGCAGGGGCCUGGGCCACGCAAACCCCGCUACUCUGGGACCAAGGUUGGCUUCCACGGGGCUCGGACACAAAAGAGGACUGAGAAGAGCCAUCACUGCCAGCAGCCUCCGGAAAGCAGCGCUGUGCUGCAGGAGGCAGCUCUGGCAGGACAGCCAGCCUGUCCCCAGGAAGGCCGGGAGCCCCCUCAUGCCCUCUCCACUUCUCCAAACAGGUUGGACUUCAGUGUAGAUGCCAACAGACAGUUGGGAGCAGCUGGCACAUCCCUUGCCCUGCUGCCUCCAAGACACAGCCUGCAGAGCCGGCAUCACCGAAGGAAAAGAAAGUGUUCCCUGGAGCCCGACCCCGCUCUGCUGCCCAAGGACUCGGCCUUGCCCAAAGCCUGCGAUACUCACCUUCCCCACGGCCAUCCCAGUGGCUCCCGCUGCUCUCCCGAGGUCCAGCCCCUGAUCCCAAGCGCUCCCCUGCCCAGUGGCUCCGGCUCCCGGCCGCUCUGGAAGUGUUUGGUGCCGCAGUCCAGCUCUGAGCUGAGGAAGCAGGAGGAGGGGGUGUCGGGACGGGAGGGAACCCGCCCGGUUCCUGCGGAUUUCUCAGGGACAGGCACCCACAGGCACAGUCUGAGUCUCCACCUGCACUGCCCGUCCCAGCAGGGUGGGCAGGGAUCUGAAGAGGAGGUCCAGGAUGUCCAUGAACACUCAGUCUAAUGAAACACUGGCCUGUUUGCUCCCUGGGAGCUGGAGUGGACACAGAUGUUCAGCAGGAGGAGUUCACACCUCGCUCUCUGCACAGGACCGUGCGAUGCCCGGCCCGGCCCCGCCAGACACAGACUGCAAACAGCAGUGGGGCACUUGUGGUCUCCUCACACGUCCCCACAUUGCAACAGUCCCACAAACAGAGCUGUGCUCUCCAGGCCCCCUUCUCUGAAGGCACAGGCAGCCCGUGGUCACCCUGUGGCACCUCUGCGUGGGCUGGGCAGAGGCACCAGCAGGAGAGCUCAGCGAGGGAGUGCAAGCUGCUAUUUUGGCAUGUUCAUGCCACAGAAGGUUUUGCUGAACACUUCAAAAAUAAACAAGCCUUCGAGACCAAAAGCUGCAGAAAUGACUUUCUGUGGCCUGGUAGCUCCUGACUUCAUUUCCUCACUUAGGUCAAAAGCCAGACUUCUCCAAUUAAGUUUUCCAUGCCUAUUUCAGACACAGGAACAAGCUAUUCUCCGUCUCACCGCUCACAGGUCUGCCCUGCAAGGUGCUGCUUCUGACUCCAGUGGAAACCAACAGCUCUCACCACUUCUGAUCCCUCCAGUGCCCCUCAGCUGACGCUGUCUUGGCCAUUCCCUGCAUUUGGCAGCAGCAGGAGAGGUGAAGACACAGGGACAACAUCAGCACUUCUGGGAAGGAGCUGGGUCAGACUCUUUCCAUUGCAAAGAAUCCACCCUCUCAUCUGGCAAUGUGAACAAGUCUCUCACUCACCCUCUAACUCCUCCACCCACCCUCAAACUAGGUGUCAUGGCCAGCCCUGUUAAGAGCAACUCAUUUUUUGAGUGUAUUUCAAACCUGAGGUGUCCCCGUCACAGGAGUCAUGGAAAAUCCUUGAGUUCACGUGGUUCCUGCUGCUUCCUCUCUCACUGCCUCAAGACACAGCAAAAAUUCCCAGCAGAAGCCUCCAUAAUAAAUGCAGAGCAGGGCCCCAUCCAUCACCCAGCCUUAUCUUCAUAUUUCUGAGACACCUGAAAUGAUCCUCUGAAGGGAUUUUUCAGAAUACCCUUCUGUCUUUUCCAACAUUUUGAUGAUGCAGGGAGAAAAGUCGAGAAAUCAUCAGGCUCCAGUUUAUUACUUUCCCACCCCCUCCCAUUUGUGGAAGGUUUUGGGGGUUUUUUUGGAUGCCACCAGUUCUUAUUUCCUACGUCUCAUAAUUUGCAGACCUUCAAGUAAAAUAAAACCUGCCAAAUUCAAAACAUCUAGAACCCAAACAGCUUCCAAACAGCAGGGAAUUCCUGUUGAGCUCAUUGCCCUAAAUGAUCAGUCAGGCCAAAGAAUCAGAUUCCCAUGUGAAGUGCACAUUUAUAUGGCACCAAGUGCUUCCAAGCACAGGGAAACACUGCUGGAUACAACACUGGAGCUGAAGGUAACUCCUGACAGUUUGAAACCUGGGGUAGGAACAGGCUUCCCCAUGUGCCCAGUGCUCAGCAACCCUCCUGUGUCUUCCUUUGAAUCAGCAGCAGCUUCUCCAGCUCGAGAGAGAGCACACUGGUUAUGCAGUCCCAGUUCAGGAUAAUUCUGCCUCUGCCUUCGUUUGUGGUGAGGAAAGCUUUUUAUGGGGUUUGCUGCCCUUAAUCCUUGGAAAAAAGGCAUCUUUCUCCCAGCUGCUCAUCAGCCCCUGACAGUCAGUGAUCAGCCAAUAGCACUGUUUCAUUAUUCCCUUGCUAUUCCCUUCCCUGUCUCCUGUGACUGAGCCCCUGCAGGACCUUUCAGUGUAGAGAAGAAACGAAUUUCUUUCAUCAAAGAACCCACCAGAAUUACAUUUAAACCUUUCCAGGCUCUUCUUGCAGGCAGAAGACACGAGCUCAGAUGUUUUCUCCCUUGCAGGGAAGUCAGUUUUCGACUAGAGGAAAAUACCCAGGAGCAGAUCCAGAUUUGCCCUGUUUGGCUUCUUGUGGACUUUGUCCAUGGCUUGUCUCAACCAGCUCCCCACGUCCUUGACCAUCCUGGAGGGCUCAGAGGACUUCACAGAGGGGAGGGCCAUGAAGUCAGGGUGCUCCCACUGUUCUCUUUAGGAGUCAAGAAGGCUGAGAGCUUCCAGGGAUGCAUUUCACUGCUCAAAGGAACAAGUGGGCUCUUUUGCAGUCAAAAGUCCUCCUCUCUUUUCCCUCCUUAUCCCUAACUACACAAAGAAUCUGCAGCAAGCCCCAAGCUUCUUGGGAGCACUAAUGCACCCUCCACUCCCCACUGCAGUAUUACCAGGGUGCCAGGGCAGUGCCUGCUUCCAAGUGUUUUCCUUUCCUGACCUUAUGCUGCUGCUCCUUUUCAUCUAGAAAUGGCCCUGCUGGAUGUUGUCCUGCUCUGUGGGCCUUGUUCAGCUGCAGGUCUGCCUUGGUGGGGGCCCAGGUGGGAGGAGAGGGGGGAACUCUCUGGGAAGGUGAGUUUUACGAUCCUUUUCGGUAGAUGGGUGACUGUCCUUGGCUGCCGGGAAGGGAAGAAGCAAUAUCUGAGAAAACAGGGAAUGGCUCCUCACAGUUCCUGUACCUCUGGCUUCUGGGUGAUGCUUUUGAGUGCUCAGUAUGCAUGGGCUCCAUCAUGGAAUUUCUCCAGCAUCCCAGCAGUGAAGCAGAGCUCAUUUUCCUUUAUUGCAUCCAAGGCUGAAAAUUGAUGGAAACCAGAGCAUCCCAAGGUCCCUCUGUCCCAACCGAAGGCCCAGCCCUUCCCCAGGGACCCCCUUUUUCCCAGGAGCUCCCACCCCCUGAGCUGGGAUCCACGACUGGGCUGGCUGGACAUCCCCCCUCCUACACAGAUCCUUCAGAUCCUUCGGAAAUGUGAAUAUCAGUUUGUUUUGUUGUUGUUGCUUCUUGUUUAGUUUGUUUUUUUUGCUGAGUCUGUCCUGGCUCUCAGGGCUUGGGAAUAAAUUAUGACCCAGGAAAAAAAAAAAAAAAAACCAAAAACAAAACCCAAAAAAACCCCACUGCAAAAACAAUCCAAAAAAAAAAGGAAAAUACGUUUUAUAUAUAUGCCAAACUGUGUAUUUAUGUCCGAUCCACACAGAGAUGUGUGAAUAUGCCGAUGUGCUCAGAAAUAUAUUUAUUUACUAAUAUAUUUAUCCAGGUA